ACAGGUCCUCCUUGCGCUCUGAAGCGUGGAACGGCACGGAGCGUAUGCGUGUUGCCAGGGCGAUGGGUGAGUCAUCAUCUGUCCAAUCUGAGAAGCUUCGCUCAUUGGCUUGCUCGCUCUCUGAGAUGGGAUUGGAUAAUGGAAAUCCCCCGGGCAUCGCGAAGCAGCCUACCACGGAGCCCACCAUAGAGCUUGGUAAAGGAACAUUCUUUGCAGACGGCCAGAGGAAGGUGGACUAUAUUCUGUGCUAUAACUAUAAGAAGAGGAGGAUCUCCCUGCAUCGUCUCUCCCUCACCUCUCAAGCAUCCAAUGGGAGCCUUCCGCUACCCAGCAUGCUGAGACGAGAUACGCAGCCUGAGCUGGAGGCAGGGUUGCCAGAGGGGGAGGAGUCUCAACUGAGUGAGGAAGAGAAAGCUAUGAUGAGAGAGGAGUUUGAGUCUGGGCUGUUGGAGCAGGGCCUGCAGCUGGAGAGAGACAAGGAGUCUAGGUCCCAGGGUAUAGGGUUUAUCCGGCUGCAUGUUCCCUGGGCGACGCUGAGCAGAGAGGCUGAGCUACAGAAGAUCAAAGUGCCAGUCAAAAAGAGUUAUGAGUUGCGGCAGCCUCAGGGCAUCGCGGGGAAAAUAGCAUUGUUGUAUCAAACCCUGAUCAAACCCUUCCGACCUGAUGUCCCAGAAACACUAAACACACAGUCCCACCAGAACCGAACAAAGACCCUCUCACACCCCUUCUCCAGAGACAAGCUACACCUGUUUGAAAUCAAGUCACAGGACAUUCUAUUUGACUACUCCGUACGCAGCAGAAUAGUCAAGGAGAUAUUGACACGCACCGCCUGUACACAGACUUGCCAAGCCACUGGUAUCUCAUCGUUAUUAGCUACUGGUGUCUAUAACUCUGCCUUUCCACCACACGAUGGGUCAUUCACCAGGAAAGGAGGGCGGGAUCAGAGGAACGACAGACAGCUCCUAUAUGAGGAGUGGGCCAACUAUGGAGUGAUGUUCAAAUAUCAGCCAUUGGACCUAAUCAGGAAGUAUUUUGGGGAGGCGAUUGGUCUGUACUUUGCCUGGAUGGGAGUUUACACCCGGAUGUUGGUCCCGCCCUCUCUACUGGGCCUUAUAGUGUUCCUCUAUGGUGUCCUCACUGUCAACACUAAUGUGCCCAGCCAGGAGAUGUGUGAUGACAGUCUGAACUUCACGAUGUGUCCACUGUGUGAUGCGGUGUGUGACUACUGGAAGCUGAGUUCAGUCUGUUCGUUGACUCGAGCCUCUUACCUGUUUGACAACGGAGCUACCACCCUCUUCGCCAUCUUCAUGUCCCUCUGGGCUGCUUUUUUUCUGGAGCACUGGAAGAGGAGGCAGAUGUGUCUGAAACAUGCCUGGGAUCUGACCAGUCUAGAGGACGAGGAGGAAACCCCCAGGCCAGAGUAUGAUCAAAUCCUACAAGAGAAGAGACGGAAUAAGAGCGGGACAAAAAGGAGGAGUGAGCUAGGUGGAGUGGGGUAUGGUGAAGCAGAGGAGGGAGAGAAGGACAAGAUGCUCUCACAGAGGGAGCAAGAGUCAUUGACUUUGGAGGAUCGGUUGCCAGGAUACAUGAUCAACGUGUCCGUCGUUCUAAUGAUGAUGGGGGUAACAUUUUCCGCAGUGUUUGGAGUGAUCCUGUAUCGUAUCACCAUGCUGUCUAUCUGGUCCAUGAACCCAGACCCUGAGGCCAAGGCCUCUGUUAGGAUGACCGUCACCACCACUGCCAUCAUCAUCAACCUGCUUGUUGUAUUGAUACUGGAUGAGAUCUACGGAGCUAUCGCUGUCUGGCUGACUAAACUGGAGGUUCCUAAGACAGAAGCGGAGUUUGAGGAGCGUCUGAUUCUGAAAUCGUUUCUGUUGAAGUCCAUGAACACCUUUGCUCCUGUCUUCUAUGUGGCAUUCUUCAAGGGCAGGUUUGCUGGACCUCCAGGGGACUAUGUCUACUUGUUUGGCCACUUCCGCAUGGAGGAGUGUGCCCCACCAGGCUGUCUGAUAGAGCUGUGUAUCCAGCUUAGUAUGAUCAUGUUGGGAAAACAACUCAUCCAGAACAACGUGUUCGAGAUUGUUAUACCUAAGCUAAAAAAAAUGUACAGAACAUACAAGGAGAAGGAUAAAGGAGGAGAGGAAGAUGAGGAUGAGGAGGAGACGAAGAGGCCAAAGCAACAGUGGGACAAAGACUUCUCUCUGGAUCCCUAUGAGGGGCUUAGCCCGGAAUACAUGGAGAUGAUAAUCCAGUAUGGGUUUGUCACCAUCUUCGUGGCAUCGUUCCCUCUGGCUCCUCUCUUUGCUCUGCUCAACAACGUGAUUGAGAUCCGCCUCGACGCUGCCAAGUUCACCACAGAGAUCCGUCGCCCAGAUGCUGUGCGCUGCAAAGACAUAGGAAUUUGGUUCAACAUUCUCAUUGGAAUCAGCAAGUUUUCUGUCAUUACAAAUGCCUUUGUGAUCUCGUUCACCUCUGACUUCAUUCCUCGGACGGUGUACCAGUACAUGUACAGUCAGACUGGCAGCAUGCACGGAUUCACAGAACACUCCCUGUCCUACUUUAACGUGUCCAACUUUGAGGCUGAUUCCUCCCCCUCCUCUACACUAUUUACUGGAGUCACCAUAUGCAGAUAUAAAGACUACAGGGAUCCACCUUGGGGAGCUCAGCCCUACUCCUUCUCUAAACAGUACUGGUCUGUCCUGGCAGCUCGAUUGGCAUUUGUCAUCUUCUUUCAGAACCUGGCGAUGUUCCUGAGCAUGCUGGUGGCCUGGUUGAUCCCUGACGUUCCUCGUUCUCUUAGAGAACAGGUCAGGAAAGAGAACAUGUUGCUGAUGGAGUUCCUUGUUCAGGAUGAACAGGAGGCCCUACGCUCCAGACUUCCACACCGCUCCCCCACACGACAACCUGCACAAACACAGAACACACACUCACACAUUGACAUAGUGGUGGAGGGGUCAGUGGGAGAAGAGGGGACGGAGGAGGAGAAGAUGGACAGAUCAGGACAAACCCUGGAGAGCCCAGAGAGCAUUGACCCAGCAGAAGGAGGAGAAGGAGGGGGAAAAGAUGGGAGAGGAGAAGAGGGGAAAGAAGAAGGGUCAGAAGAGCAGAGCGAAGGAGUGGGAGAAGGAGGAGAAGACGGGAGAGAAGUAGCAGAAGGAGACAGAGGAGGAGAAGGGCCAGACCAGGAGGAAGUCUCCGUUGUGGAUCUGGACUCUGUUAUGGACCAGCUGUAUCUGUCAGACCCAGAGCCAUCCCAGAGCCUAGCUGACAUGGAGCUGCCCGUCUCCAGAGCUGUCCCACUGGAGCAGGAGGACGAGCCACCAGGCCCAGACAGCCCUCCAGCUGCCCCAGUAGGGGACACAGCCUCCCCCGAGACGCCCCUGGCCAAGACCCACCCAGCAGGCCUGAAGGCUGCAGACAGCAGGCUGUUUUCCAGAGGCCCUCCCCUCAUAGAUUCAGCAUACUCCAGGACCAAGGGCCGCUGCUCCACCCUGCCUCCCAAACAGAGAGGGCCUGAGCCAGGGCACAGCCGGCCCCGACCCAGCCACUCAACCAGCCUCACGAAGUUCCACCUUCCACCUCUACCUCCUCUGGCCCCCUCACCUUCCCCUACAAACACCCCUCAGUCACCCCCUCCCAAGCCCCUCCCCCACCCUCCCAAGCCCCUGUCUCACAGUGAACUGUUCAUGCUGAAGGGGCCCCCAGAAGAACCAGGAGGCUCUAGUGCUAAGGGGCGCUGCUCCACUCUGCCUGCACGCCAGCGAGGUCCGGAGGCUGGGGAGAGCUCGUCCAGACCGAGCCAUUCUUCCAGCUUCACCCGGCAGGAAGACCGUAUCCCCCCAUCCUCCAGUGAACUAAAACAAGACACCCCGGUGUGAGGAGAGGGGAAAUAGAGGGGGAGGAUUAGAGAGGGACAGCUGAGUCUCAUCAUCAGAGAAAUUGAUCUGUCCAUCUCUCCGUCUUCAUCCACCCAUCUCAUGACAGCUCAGAUGCAACACUGACUUGGUUGUAGAAACCAAAUGGACCUGUUCUUCUUCUAACGCAUCAGUUAAUAGCUCAGGUCGAUUCACUGGGUUUAUAAAGGAGAAUGAAGCGGAAUAAACCAGGAUAAAAGAGAGUAGAGGAGAAUAAAAUGUAUUAAAGGAUAAUAAAGGAAAAUAAAUCAAGAUAAAAUAGAAUGAAGGAGAAUAAACAAGAAUAAUGGGAAAUUAAGGAAAAUAAAAUGAGAAUAAAUUAGAAUAAAGGAGAAUAAACCAGAAUAAAUGAGAAUGAAGGAGAUUAUAAACUGGGUGGUUUGAGCCCUGAAUGCUGAUUGGCUGACAGCCAUGGUAUAUCAGACCGUAUACUACGGGUAUGACAAAACAUAUAUUUUUACAGCUCUAAUUACGUUGGUAACCAGUUUAUAAUAGCAAUAAGGCACCUCAGGGGUUUGUGGUAUGUGGCCAAUAUACCACGGCUAAGGGCUGUAUUCAGGCACUCCUCGUUGUGUCGUGCAAAAGAACAGCCCUUAGCUGUGGUAUAUUGGCCAUAUUCCACACCUCCGUGUGUAUUAUUGCUUAAAUAUACCGGGACAAAGGAGAAUAAACCACAACAAAAAAUAACAAAGGAGAACAAACCAGGAUAAAGGACAAUAAAGGAGAACAAACCAGGAUAAAGGAGAAUAAAGGAGAACAAACCAGACCAAAGAAGAAUAGAGGAGUAUAAAUCAGGAUAAAUGAGAAUAAAGUACAUUAAAGGAGAACAAACCAGGAUAAAAGAGACUAAUGGAGAACAAACCAGACCAAAGAAAAAUAGAGGAGUAUAAACCAGGAUAAAUGAGAAUAAAGUACAUUAAAGGAGAUUAAACCAGGAUAAAUGAGAAUAAAGUACAUUAAAGUAUAAUAAAGGAGAUUAAAGGAUAAUAAAAGAGAAAAACCCAGGACAAUGGACAAAUGAGAAUAAAGGAUGCAAAAAUCCAGGAUAAAUGAGAAUAAACCAGAACAAAUGAGAAUAAACAAGGAUAAAUGUGUAAGAGGUGCGUAACGGGCUGCAGGGAAGUCAGGCGCAGGAGGGCAGAACUGGGUAAUAAUCGAAGCAGUUUAAUGAGGAAAAACUGACUAAAUAACCUGUCGCAAACCAGUCUAUAAUGCACACACAUUUUACAACAAACAAUUCCACACACAUACAUAGGGGGAACAGAGGGUAUUAAACACGUCACGUAAUGAGGGAAUGUAAACCAGGUGUGUGGGAAAACAAGACAAAACAAAUGGAAAAUGAAAGGUGGAUCGGCGAUAGCUAGAAGACCGGUGACGUCGACCGCCGAAUGCCACCCGAACAAGGAGAGGAACCGACUUCGGCGGAAGUCGUGACAAAAUGAGAAUAAAGGAGAAUAAACCAGGAUAAAGGAAAAUAAAUUAGGAUAAAUGAGAAUAAAGGAGAACAGGUUUUGGUGAUUCUGAGACAACAGUUCGUUAUCAAUAAAAUGUCACAAUAUAAUUUGAUUUUGCUGCUGGGGGGCAAGGAGAUCCGCAGUUCUGCUAAAACCAUUGACAACUAUAUGCUGUUUUCAAGGGAUUGUUAAAUAAAUGUUAACUACUAUUCCCCAUUUAGCUCCAUCAGAGUUUUACAGCAAUCGGUAAACAUCAAUUGAUCAUGUUUUUUCAGCUAUAUGAAGGUAGCCAGAUUCAUUUGGUAUGUAGCUAGCGAAAGCAGACAACAUGUCAUUUAGCCUACUUCAACAGAGAUUAGGGUUUUGGAAAGAGUUUUACAUUGUCGGUCAGACUACUGUCAUCACCACUAUAGAUGUCAAGCAAAUGAAACAAUAUUUGGAUUUAGCCAACUAGUUUAUCCCCUGAAAGUUGGCUUGUUAACUAGCCAUAUUGCUGUGAUCUGUUAUUAGCUUGUUAACUAGCCAUAUUGCUGUGAUCUGUUGUUAGCUAGCUAGCCAAUUUGACAUGGUCCAUCAAUAUCAUGUCUGUCAGCAGCAAUUUUUAUUUUCAUUUUAUUUUACUAGGUAAGUCAGUUAAGAACAAAUUCUUAUUUUCAAUGACAGCCUAGGAACAGUGGGUUAACUGCCUGUUCAGGGGCAGAACGACAGAUUUGUACCUUGUCAGCUCGGGGGUUUGAACUUGCAACCUUCCGGUUACUAGUCCAACGCUCUAACCACUAGGCUAUGCUGCUGGGAUUAAACACUCUUAAAAACAAUGUUGAAAAGGGGAUAAUGUUUGCUAAGUAGGCCUACGUUGGUUGGAGAAAAAAGUACACUAGGUCUACUUACCACUAUGUUUAGACAAAUGUACAAAGUUUCUACCGGUAGCUAGAAAAGUAAACAUUAUCAGCUAACUGUAACGUUACAUUGGCAUAUGGGCCCUUCUGCUGCUUGACAGCCAGAACCCACAAAGGAUGGGAAAUUAACCUUAACCACUCAUACUUGUCAGGUAUAGUUAUAUUAUAUCACUCAAAUAUCCAAUUAAUGGUGGUCAAUAUUGAGAGAUAUCGUGAGGCUACCCUGACGUAGCUGAAAUUAAUUGAUAAAUUGAUGUUUAAUGAUCAUUAAAAACAUGCAGAUACUUGCUGUAUAACUCUGAUAGAGCUAAAUGUGCUAAAUUGUUUUGCAUGGAAUAGUCGGAAAUGUGUAGCUCUGACUAUGCUCUUCAAGAGGUGAUGAUAUUACAACCAAAUAGUUAACAUUCCAAUAACAAUCCCUUGCAAACGGCACGCAGUUGUCAAUGGUUUUAGUGGACAUUGCUCCCUCAGCAGGCAAAUCGAAUGCUCUGCACCUUAUUGAGACAUUUGGUUGAUAACGACCUUUAAGGCCUCAGACUGAGAAUGUCCCAGUGUUCUAACUCUCUCAGCCACUAAGAAGACACUGCUGCCGCUCACACUGUAUUGUUACUGCCAGACGGAACUGGACCAAACCGGGCUGAACUGGACCAGACCAAACAAGACCACACCAGACAGAGCCAGCUCCCCUCCCCCAGAAGACACAGGGCCAAUCUGAAAUGGCACCCUAUUCCCUCUCAGGCUCUGGCCAAAAUAACUACACUAUAUAGGGGAAUAGGGUGCCAUCUACUCCCAGUAGACCCUUUAUUUAGUAUUUAGAUCAACAGUACAGAGCUAUGCUUGUAGAUUUAUUAUAUUACAACUGUGACAUUUUGAUAAUAUGAAAAUCAUUACUUUUGUUCAUAAGAAAAAAAUCGAUU